CCUACCGGGAUUUGCUAGCAGCACUGGGCGGUGAGCGUCGAAGCCGACAACCUUGCUCGUUACCGUUCGUUUCCCGGCCCCGCCCCCCCCCGGGGGCGUGGUGUGGAAGUAAAUAAAACAAUAAGACAUAGAUUUCAUUUUAAUAUUCUCUCUGCGCAGAGAAGAGCUUUUGAAGAAGAGCUUUCGAAGAAGAAGAAGAAGGAAGGAAGGAAGGAAGGUGGGGGCAAUGCCGGGAGUGAGAGGGCCAGCUGAUUAUUCGCAAGAACCCACUCGUCACCCCUCUCUCCGAAUCAAUUCCAAGGAACCCUUCAAUGCUGAGCCGCACCGGUCAGCAUUGAUUUCCUCUUAUAUUACUCCAGUGGAGUUGUUCUACAAGAGAAAUCAUGGACCAAUCCCAGUAGUUGAUGACAUAGAAAGAUAUUGUGUUUCUAUAAAUGGUUUGAUUGAAACUCCAAAGAAGCUGUUUAUGAAAGAUAUCAGGAAGCUUCCCAAAUAUAAUGUCACUGCUACUUUGCAGUGUGCAGGUAACAGGAGGACUGCUAUGAGCAAAACCAGAAAAGUGAAAGGAGUUGGCUGGGAUGUUUCUGCCUUAGGAAAUGCUGUAUGGGCUGGUGCAAAAUUGGCAGAUGUUCUUGAACUUGUCGGUAUACCUAAAUUAACAAGUACCACGCAAUCAAGUGGGAAACAUGUGGAAUUUGUCAGCGUUGAUAUGUGUAAGGAGGAAAAUGGAGGUCCUUACAAGGCAUCAAUACCACUAAUCCAGGCUACAAACCCUGAAGCUGAUGUAUUACUUGCAUAUGAGAUGAAUGGAAAGCUUCUUAACAGGGACCAUGGAUAUCCAUUGCGUGUGGUUGUUCCAGGUGUUAUAGGUGCCCGUUCUGUUAAAUGGUUGGAUUGUGUAAACAUAAUUGCAGAAGAAUGCCAGGGAUUCUUUAUGCAAAAGGACUAUAAAAUGUUUCCACCUUCAGUGAAUUGGGAAAACAUCAAUUGGUCUACUAGGAAGCCGCAAAUGGAUUUUCCUGUGCAGUGUGCAAUAUGUUCCCUAGAGGAUGUGGACGUGAGAAAGCCUGGAAAGAUAAGUAUUUGUGGAUACGCAGUAUCCGGAGGUGGCCGUGGAAUUGAGAGACUAGAUGUAUCUGUUGACGGUGGCAAAAACUGGGUGGAAGCAACCAGAUUCCAGAAGACUGGGGUUCCGUAUAUUGCAGAUGAUUCAAGCAGUGAUAUGUGGGCAUGGGUGUUUUUUGAGGCUCAAGUUGAUGUCCUAGACAGUACUGAGAUAGUUGCCAAAGCGGUGGACUCAGCCGCAAAUGUCCAACCAGCAAAUGUGGAGGACAUUUGGAACUUGAGAGGUAUACUGAACACUUCGUGGCAUCGGGUUCAAGUUCGAGUCGGCCACUCAAAUAUGUAAGGCACAAGAAAUCGGGGGAAUGAUAUAGCUUUUAGUUAUGCAGCUUAUGCUAUGUGUGUAUAUGUGCUGAUUUUUAUCAUAAUGCCCUGUUUGAUGUACGAAAAAUGACAUCAUUUUGCUGUUCCCUGUUUGUGAAAGCUUGCAUAAAAUGAAGCCAUUCUAAAAAAAAGAGUUUGGCUACAAUAAUUUUUUUUCUCUCUGUUUUUUUUUUUUUAGGGGAAGCGUCAACUGUGGGAGUUGAGAGGUAAUGGUUAGAGUUCAUCGCUCAUGAGACAACCAUUUGGGAGCAAUGGACUCUGUGAACUGGCUUGAGCAAUGUAGUGGUCAAGUUGUCAGGACUAUAUAUUGUCUUUAUAAGAGUCAAUUUUGGUUAGUCA